AUGCCUCCCACUCAUUCCUCGAUUCCUGGUCGAGAUGUCACGACAAACCUCCAGUACCUAUCCAGCCUAGCAGGCAAGGGUAGCGACAACGAGACACUUCUCGCACUGGACGCCCAGAUCAGCAAAGCAUUGGACCGUGACGGCAAAGACAACCCUAAUGCUCCCAUCGAGCGGCUUAUGUGGCUAGUCGCUUUCUGGCAAGAUCUGGCGGUAACUCAUUCUGAACUUCUGGAGCGCGCCAUGGGGGAAGAAGCAAAGCCAAUGAUUGCGAGACUUGUGACUAUGCAGAAGCUCACAUUUGAGGAAGUUGAGGACGUGAAGCGAGCUGUCGCGGAAGGGAACCCCGGCGAGAAUGCAGUGUCGGGAAGUGACAAGUGCCCCGAACUAGAUGUCGACAAAGAAGACGAAAGCACCUCAGCUUCGGAUGGUUCCGACGACUACAUUCUAGUCUCAGCUGCUGAGGCGGAGGCCACCGUCAGUGCUGUUACGACUGAAUUCGGAGACGAUGAGCUUGGAGCCAGGUACAACGGAGCAAGCAACGCCAACGAUCUUGGGGGUCCCUGGGGAGACAGCGUUGCGGAACACAUGGACGAUUUCGAGGAGUUCACUGUCAUUGCCGCCGAAGAGACUACAGGCGAGAAUGGUACUGUCGGUGUCACGACGAAGAGCGAGAAAGAGUGA